GGGAAUUUCGACAUUACUAGGUCAGUUCGUGUUAUGCAAAAUGGUGCAAUCUAACCAUAAGCAAAAAGCGAAAAAAGAUCAUUUCCUUUCAUUACGUAAUAUCUCUCACAUUUGUUUCAUAUCAGUGAUUGUUCUGAAGUUAUAUGGAGAAUAUUUCACUAAUAUUGUUCUGGCGUCAUGGGGAUACAUUACGGUCCUCUUCAUGAAUUCAGAGAUACAGACAAGUGAUUUCAAUACUUCCCAGCUAGCAUUAACCGGGACCCUGGAGGCAGUCUCGUAGCUCUCCUGGCAGUUUCGUGAACAUAUAAUUUUCUUCGAAGUAGCCUAAAGUGCUUCGGGUGCUUCGAGGGUCCCCUGAUCUUAUGCUAACUGGGCUUGAGCUGUGCUUAUUUAAUACUGUUGUAGGUUUUUUCGAUCUCUCAUACCGGAAGAUUUGCAUUCCCUUAUCCGUCGUUUCACUCUCACAUCUAUGUUUAGUUCAAUACUCUUUAUGGAACCAGGGUUUUUAUAAUGUUUUCCUAUUGCAGCCUUCUAGUUCUGUAUCAAGUCUACCACUGAAUUUCUGGUAUAUUUUCAUCUCCGAUUGCUCUUUAAAACUGUUGUCGAUAUUUAUUAAAAGCGUAUCUUUGUUGUGCCUGUCUAAAACACUUGAUUGCUACUCUAUGGGUUCAUUACUCUGUUUUUUGGAAUAUAUAUUUUUAUUCCUAAGACACAUACCACCUGGGAUUCUGUGGAUAUAUUUCCUGGUAGAAUUAAAUUGGAAACUACAGGGCAUCUUAGCUGGGAGAAUAUUUGUAUGCUUAUUAUACUGUAUUUUAAAAGUUUGUAUUAUACUUUCAUUAUGUAAAGACUUUAUGAAAUUUUCACGUUCGAUGAUGUGUACAAAACCAUAUACAGUUGAAAUGCAGGCGCCAUCGAAUGAAGUUUGUAAUAUGUGCCUUGAAUCUUAUACUCAUGUUGGCAUUUUGUCUUGUAAUCAUAAAUUUUGUGCUAAAUGCACAACACGUUGGUUUAAUACAUUUACUAAUUGCCCGUCAUGUAAUCCAGAAUGUGGUGAAAAUUCGAGAUGGCGGAGUGGAUCGAUGGAUUUGUUUAUUCAAUUUUAUUAAAACUCAGUGGUAUCCUUCUUUUGUGCAUUAGUUUACUAAUUUUCCUUGUCAGCUAUUCGUGUUAAAUGAUUAAGAAUAAUGUUCCAAAGACCUGUUUGUAUUUUCCUUCCUGUGUACUUAUUUAUUUGGAGUAGAAGAAUAAUUAAUUGUAAUUGGCUGUGAAAAAAGUUGUAUGUGUCUUGUCUAUUUUAUAAAAUUGUUGUAGAUGAUAACCUGUAAAUUAACUUUUAUUUUUUGGAGGAAAAAAUGAACCGAACAUUUUUUGUGUCCUGUUCGUCUAAUAAUUGUUGACAGUAUUAUCAAUUAUUUCUCGAUGUUUGUUUACAAAUUCCCUUUUAAAGUUGUUUUAUAACUUUUUUAUCAAUAAAUAAAUAGACCUUAGUUUUAUGGUGGUUUUGACAAACUAAUGGUGGUUAAGGAAUCUUUAUGAAGUAGGUUAUUUUAGUAUGGAUGUUUAUGUUGUAAAGCCACGGGCAGAGAUGAAUAAUGUGGAGAAAUGCUUAGUAACUUAUGCUAACAAUGAUACAUUCAUAUGAUUACAGAAUCAAAUCAUGUACCUAAUUGGGGCACAAUACACCCGCAAAGAAUAUGAUACUUAUAAUCUGCAUACGAAUCGAACAAAUUAGUUUAUACUUAUUUCUUUUGCAUGGUCGCUAUGUUCCCGUUCAUAAUGUAAAGAAUUACUCGGUCAAUAGUCAGCAAGUUCCUGACUCUAACUCCAAUAAUAUUUGUAGGUCGUAAGGUAAAACUAAUUAUUCUUUAAUGCAGUUACAGAUAAACUAAAUCUUUGUCGCGUUAUCAUUGGGUCACUGGGAGUACCCUCCUCUCCAAACUACUAAUGUAAUACCGUAAAAUUUGGAUUUGGUUAAUGUACUUUUCUUUCAGAUAUUUAUAUCUAUCAAGAACAGCUAGUGGAAAUGUGCUACUACGCAUCACGUUACUUGAUGCAUGUUCGUUUAUGUCACUGUAUAAAUAUGAUACAUGUUCAGUGCGUUUUACAGUUUGAUAAGACAUGUAUAUUUAUUUUCUUAUGACUGCUCACUAAUGAAUUUCAGGUUGGAUGAUGAAAUUAUAUGGUUUUUUACGCAGAUUGAAACAUUAUUAUGAUCUUGGAUACGUCAUAAGCUAUAAAUUCACUGGCUUCAUUAUUGUAUUUGUUGUGGAUGCGGAGGAAUAGACCAAUAAUUAUCAUGUUAAGUCCAAUGGUGUCCUUGGACUUUAAAUGGACAUUUCCUAUUGGUCGAUAUCUGUUCACUUGUUGAAUAUUGUACAAAAUGUUGUUUUCUAUUUUAUGGCACGAUGUGGUGUGCUUGAUUGGUAUAUAAACAAAGUAUGUUUGAAAUAUAAUGAUUCAUAA